GAUUUACUUGGUCCAACUAAAAAAGUACUAGAUUGUACAGUUGGACCAGCAAGCAACUAAUGUAUGUCUGCUUGCAUAAAUACGAUACACCAGAAUUGUAAAUUACUUGCUUCUGUUGUAUUAGGAAAGAAAAACAUGUGCUUUCAACGGGAGAUGAGAUUAAGACAGAAAACAUUCAAAAACUGACAUUUAGAACAAGAGUAUCGUGGGAAUAAUUAUAUAAUUUAUUUGUUUCACUAACAUGGUAAAUCUAAAAGUAGGCAUGAUUCAACAACUAACUACACUGACGUUGGUGACUAACAGUGUUGCAUUGGCAAUUAAUUUACUAGUCCCUCUGCACUGUGUCAAAAGCUUUUAUAUAGAUUGAGUGCUCGAAACCAGGAAUUCUCCAUGCAUUUACAAUUCCAAGUUAUCACCAGUUCUUCCAUUGAAUUUCUCAAUGAUUAAUAUUUACCUUGUAGUAGCAGUGGUAAUGGUAGUAAUUAUAGUAGCAGAAAAGUUUCGCAAAUCUUCUGCUUUGCUUUUUUUUUAACUCAUCAUCUCAAUUUGCAAAAAAUGAAGAGAGGGUUAUGGUUGAAAGACUAUACCAGGAAAACAUUGGAAAAGUUCCUUCUAGUUCUGAUGCAAAAAUUUCAUCAAAGGAUGAACCUCCGCCUGGUCUAAGUUGCCAACUUAUUCCGAAACACGUGGCAGUAAUCAUGGAUGGCAACCGAAGGUGGGCGAAAAAAAAGGGAAUGCCACCUAUGUAUGGUCACCGUGCUGGAAUCCAGGCUCUUAUAGAUCUUGUUCCAAUAUGUGGUAAUUGGGGUAUUAAGGUCUUGACAGUAUUUGCAUUCUCUUCAGAGAACUGGAUUCGACCUCAAAUGGAGGUUGACUUCUUAAUGAAUUUGUUUGAAAGAAUUUUACAGGAAGAGCUGGACAAUUUCAUGAGGAAUUCGGUUCGACUAUCUGUAAUAGGAGAUUCCAGAAAACUCCCAAACUCGUUACGAAGGUUGAUAAUGAAGACAACGGAAACCACCAAGAACAACUCAAGGUUUCAUCUGAUAAUGGCAGUUGACUAUAGUGGGAGGAAUGACAUUGUGCAAGCAUGUCAAAGCGUUUCUCACAAAGUAAAAGAUGGUUUAAUCAAACCAGAAAACAUCGACGAACCCUUGACCAAUCAAGAACUGCAAACCAAUUGUAUGGAGAUCCCGUACCCUGAUUUACUUAUUCGGACUAGUGGUGAACUUAGGAUGAGUAAUUUUUUAAUGUGGCAAUUAGCUUAUACCGAACUUUACUUUGAUGAAUCUCUUUGGCCUGAUUUUGGUGAGAAAGAAUUUGCAAUGGCAUUGCAUUCAUUUCAGAAAAGACAGACGAUUUGGAGGAGAUUCCAAAGGGGAUUUAGGAGACGAUGUCCAGAAUACUCUAGUUAGAGAUACCAGAGGGGAUUUGGGAGACGAUACCCAGAAUGUUCUAGCUAGUUGAUUACCCACAAAGGGAUCAAGUGAUAAACUACUCAUUUGAGCAAUUAAAUGUAUUAAGUUUUAGGUUCUUUCUGUUCUAUUUUGUACUGUGCUCUCAUUGAUUUGUUCUGUCGUGGAAAAUCUUCGGCUUCGACUGCGGGUCAAGAUUUUUCAGUUAUGGUUUGCUGGCAGUGAUAGACAUAACUUUUGCAACUAUUCCU